AUGAAGUCUUUACAAGUUUUAGCGUGCCUGUCGGGACUCCAUCAACUAUCCACCGCGUACAAUACACCAGCACCGCCAGAUGCGACCCGGCCGGACCUAUUUGCAUACCUUCUCAAUUGGACACCGGCUAAUCCCGUGCAUGGUAUCUUCGGCGACAAGAACAACUCUGUAGCUCCAUGGCAUCCUGAACCACAUCAACCUCCUCACUAUCCGCCUCAUCAACAAUGUGGCGUAUCGAGUCCAGGUGCUCAGUCCGACUUCUGGCUUCCGGAUGUGCCGCACAAUGGGACGAGCCCUUUCUUACUCAAUGCGCCUAACUAUCACAUCUACCGCAACGUAAGAGAUUUCGGGGCGGUAGGAGAUGGUGUUCAUGAUGACACAGAUGCUUUCAAUGCUGCAAUUGAUUAUGGUAGUCGAUGUGCUGGAGGCCAGUGUAACGGUGGCACUACUGGAAAACCUGCCCUCAUAUACGUGCCGCCAGGAACAUACGCCAUCUACUCCACCAUCCAGCUUUACGUCAAUACUCAGAUUAUCGGAGAUGCCGUCAAUUUACCCACUCUCAAAGCUGCCUCGAGCGCUUUGAACAAUACCGUUGUGGUCGAUGGCUACGACAAAGGUACUCAAAGUACGAAUAACUUCUACAUCGGCGUACGCAACCUCAAUAUCGACACCACAGCUGCGGAUCCUGCCAAGACGAUCUAUGCAUUGAACUGGGCGGUCUCUCAAGCGACCAACCUGAUCAAUGUCAAUUUCAUCAUGCCUACCAGUAGCAAUCACAUCGGUAUCGAAAUGAAUGGAGGUACCAGCGGCGGUGGGUCGGGCCUUUUCAUGGGAGACCUUACGUUCUCCGGCGGCCUCAUCGGACUGCAAUUCAGCAACCAACAGUAUAGCCUGAAGAACCUCAAGUUCACCAACGUCGCGACAGCUAUUGCGAUCACGCACGGUUUCGUCAUCUCGAUGCAGCAGAUCAACUGCAUCAACGUAGGCAUCUGCGUCGAUAUGGGUGCUCAAGGAGUGACAGGGUCGCUCAAUCUUAUUGACAGCUGGUGUGAUACUUGUGGUGUGGUUGUCAAUGGUUCCAGUUCCGUCGUGCUGGAAAACAUCGACGUGAAGAGUUCUGGCCCGCUAUUAGUUGUCAACGGAACGACGAUGGCCCAAGGCAGCCUCGUAGGACAAACGUACAUCUCCGGACACGUGUACGAGGAUGGUAAUGGUACAGCCAUAGUUUCCAACGGCACUAAGCACGUCUAUGCAGAUCGUGGUAGUCUGGCUGAUGCUUCGGGACGCUAUUUCACUAAGCCACAACCGCAGUAUACGCACUACCCUGCGUCCGCCUUUGCUUCCGUGAAGGAUGCUGGCGCUAGAGGUGACGGACAGACAGACGACACAGCCGCUAUCAACGCUGCACUCAAGAACAAUGCAAACUGCAAGAUAACCUAUUUCCCACACGGUGUCUACAGCGUGACGGACACCAUCUACGUUCCGCCCGGUAGUCGAAUCGUUGGCGAAGUCUGGUCCAUCAUCAGCGCUGCGGGCAACAAGUUCAGUGAUGAAGCCAAUCCCCAGCCUAUGAUACAAGUCGGCAAACCAGGCGAGGUAGGAUUGGCGGAAUUUAGCGACAUGCUCUUCACUGUUUCCGACGUCUUGCCCGGCGCCAUCCUCGUCGAAGUGAAUAUGAAAGGAAGCAAUCAAGGCGACGUUUCCUUCCACAACACGCAUUACCGCAUUGGUGGUGCGGCCGAUUCUCGCACCGAAACCGCGUGCCAAUCCGAGACGCAGCCGUGCAAAGCUGCUUUCCUGGUCAUGCAUCUCAGAGAGACGAGUUCGGUUUACAUUGAAAACAGCUGGCUCUGGACCGCUGACCACGACCUCGACGGCACGAACCCCACAUCCGUCGGCACAGGAAGAGGCAUGCUCGUUGAAGCCACUACAGCUACUUGGCUUGUCGGCACAGGCAGCGAGCAUCAUACGCUGUAUGGUUAUACAUUGCACAACGCGCAGAACGUCAUGACCUCCUUGAUGCAGGUCGAAACACCAUACUGGCAGCCUGUGCCCCAGGCGCCGUAUCCUUGGACGCCCAAUGCCACCUGGCACGAUCCGACCUUCGAGGGCUGUUCAGGCAACAUCAGCCAGUGCUACAUGUCGUGGUCUGUACGUGUCAUUGGCUCAGAGUCGCAUGCCCUUGCGCUAUACGGCAUGGGCUUCUGGGUCUUCUUCAAUGGCCCCCAGUAUGCGCCCUGUUCGGGUCCUGACGGCAUCUGCCAGAUCAAUAUCGUAGACUUGGAGGACUUGAAGCCUGAAAGUGCGGUAAGGCUUUAUAAUGUCAAUACAAAGGGCGUGCAGAACUUGAUAUCGGUUGGUGGAAGUGAAGAUACUAUGACGGCUACGCAGACGGCGAAUCCAGGGAGUUGGGGUGGUGUGGUAGCGGCGUUUCUCAGGUUUGGCGCGACGAGGCCACAUCAUGAUGUCAAACGGCAUCACGUUCGCCAUCCACGGAUACAUGCGCAUUGA